CCGGCAUGAAACCUAAAAUUGAAAUCAUCAUCAUCCCUCUUAAUAAUACUUUCCCAAACAAAAAGAUGCGAUUUUUCCGCCAACCCGUUCCCGAAAGCUUGGAACUUUUUGGUCAGGAAAAAGUUAAAAAGAGUGACUUCUCUGUUUUGUUCUGAGCCUUGCCUUUGCCGCGAGACGUGGACAAACGAUCGCCAUCAGACAUGGGAAUCAUCCACGUGCGCUCUUUCCUCCUCUUCUAUAGCUUUAGCUUUCCUGUGAGACAUUCGUGACGUGUUCUCUUCAUUUCUGGGUUUUUGGGGGUUUCCGGAGAAAAACGCCAAAGAGCAACCUUUUUUUGAUCAGAGUGAUUAGGGUUUAUCGGGAUCCGAAACGUUUUUUUGUAGAAGAUGACAAGUGUCAAGAGGAAACUAGACGACGAGCUGUCGUCUCCUUGGUUUUACACCGUUUGCACCAUGGGAGGUAUGCUCAGUGCCGGAACAACCCAUUUAGCUAUAACCCCUCUUGAUGUCCUCAAAGUCAAUAUGCAGGUGAAUCCCUUGAAGUACAAUAGCAUCCCUUCCGGUUUCUCCACUCUCUUAAGAGAACAUGGCCGUUCCUAUCUCUGGAGAGGUUGGUCAGGGAAGCUUUUAGGCUAUGGUGUUCAAGGUGGAUGCAGAUUCGGACUGUAUGAGUACUUCAAGACACUCUACAGCAAUGUGUUGCCUAACAAUAACAGAACGUCCAUAUAUUUUCUCAGCAGUGCCUCUGCUCAGAUAUUCGCCGAUAUGGCCUUGUGUCCUUUUGAAGCCAUUAAAGUUCGAGUUCAGACGCAGCCCUUGUUUGCAAAAGGGCUGCUUGAUGGGUUUCCAAGAGUGUAUAGAAAUGAAGGUCUUGCUGGCUUCCACAAGGGACUUUUUCCGCUCUGGUGUCGCAAUCUUCCAUUUUCUAUGGUGAUGUUCUCAACGUUUGAGCAGUCGGUUGAGUUUAUAUAUGAGAACAUUAUCCAGAAGAGGAAACAAGAUUGCUCAAAAGCUCAACAGCUUGGUGUCACAUGUCUUGCUGGUUAUACUGCUGGAGCCGUAGGGACAAUCAUCUCUAACCCUGCAGAUGUUGUUGUUUCGUCUCUCUACAACAACAAAGCCAAGAAUGUGUUGCAGGCUGUGAGGAACAUUGGGUUUGUUGGUCUCUUCACCAGAAGUCUUCCUGUCCGGAUCACGAUCGUUGGACCUGUUAUAACCUUGCAAUGGUUCUUUUACGAUGCCAUCAAAGUCUUGAGUGGAUUCCCUACAAGUGGAGGAGUGGAGAAAUCUGUGGAUGCAACUAAAUUAUCAGUGUGAAGCUUAGAAGAGUAGAUUUAUCUCUCUGUCAACAUCAGAACAAGAAACUCAAAACCAUAUUAUUAUGUAAGAUUCUCUUAGCGGUUGCGUAGCGGUUGGAAUUAGCGUUUUUGAUCUGUUUACUCGCGAGCAGAUGCGUUUGUUCAACCUCCUGAAACUGGAUUGUAAGUAAUCUCCUAAUGAGUAAUAUUGAUGUAAACAGAAAUUAUGAUCUUUAACUGAUCUGGAAUAUUUUGUCUGAGAAGAGAAGACUGAGAGUUUAUUGUUCUUACUUCUUAGAUUGCUCAGAAACUUCCGAAAAGUAUAAUAAUACUCCACAGCUAAUUAGUUAGUGACGUCUCUCA